AUGGAUAAGAGCUUGGAGCCUGGGGCGGUGCUGCUGCCUGCAGGAAUGACCAUUCGCGAGGGCCAAGAGUUGUGGGAAGGGGUCAAGUUCGGGCGCCUUCUGGGGGCAGGAGUCCAGGCACGAGUCUUCGAGCUGGUGCGCUCCGAUGGCACGCCCUCUGGGAAAGUGAUCAAGGUGGCCCACGCCGAUCUUGGACACAAGAUCCUCAACAGUCCAGUCGUCUGGAUCGGCGGGGAACGAGAAUGGGAGAUCGGCAUUCAGAUGCGAGUGGCGCUGCAGAAUGAGGACGGGACGCUGCCCGGUUUUAUGCGUGUCUAUGACUGCGUCGUCGUGGAGGCCAAUGACCGAGUCACCUUCACCGGCAUGACCAUGGAGAAGCUGCAGGGCUGGGAGGUGCACAAGCGUCUCUUGGAGCCCGAUUUCCACAACAUACACUAUGUCCGGGAAAUGCUGUACCAGUCCUUCUCUGCACUGGCUGCGGCGCAGCGCAAGCUGGGCUUCCACCACGCUGACCUGGGCAUGCGGAACAUCAUGGAGUGUUACCCUCGUGUGUUCACGGAUGUGGCAGAGGAGCAGACGGCGAAGAGCCUCGAUUCGCUGCGGCAGGCGGAGAGCAGCGGGAGCGACCCCGCCCCGGGUUCCCCCACCAGCUCCGCGGGCGAGCCUGCGGGCGGCACCUCGGCGGCGGCCAAGCUCAACGCCGCGGACGCCGACCUGCCGGAGCGCCACUCCCACCGCAGGGUGAAGCCUGUGCGUGGUUUCACCUGCAGCGCCUCGGGCGAGAUGCUGCCCCUGGGCCCCCAGGUGGAGUUCAAGAUCAUCGACUACGGCGUGGCCAUCUUCGACGAGCGGCUGGCGGAGUCCACGGGCGGCACUGAGUACAAGGGCGUGCUCCAGCGCAUCAAGCACGUGGUGGCGGCCAAGGAGGUGGUGUUCCCCUCGCGGGAGGGCACCCACCCCGGGAUCAACCGCACGGUGCCCCUGCAGACGAGCACGGGCGCGGUGGGGCGCGCCAGCCACGCCUGGCACCUGCUGCCCACGAAGCUGAAGAACAAAUUCCGGGUGAAGCAGACGCCUGUGGGCGCUUUCCCCGUGGUGUCAGACGAGUCCUUCACGGAGGCGCCGGCGGGCGUGGUGCUGGGCGCCAGCAAGCGCAUCCCGCGCCUGAACAACGCCACGCGCCGCCUGAUGAAGGAGUCUGGCUUUGCCCUGGAUGAUCCCCUGGCAAACCCCCAGGCCAAGGGGGACAACAUCGAGGCUGUCAGCAUGAGCCCCGUGGAGAGCCUGUACCGGAACUUCUGGCGGCGCAAGGGGGAUGUGUUUCACAUCUUGCUCUCUGUGGGGAUGGCCCUGGACAACAGGGUCUGGCCAAAGCAUGACGAGGACCUGGUAAAUGCCUUCAUCAGCCUCGUGUUCCAUUGCACGGGCGUGAAGGUCAAGGCCUCCUUUGCCGCGGCCAGCGAGACUGGCACCAACAACCUGUACGGAACCCUGGACCGAGCAGAGAGCCUGCAGGAGAUGAACAAGGCCAACCUGGCGAGGCAGACGGGGCACAAGGAGGAGAAGAGCGGCGAGAAGAGCCACCGUCUUCGUAACUUUGGGGUCAACCGCAAGUGGUACCGCCCCAUCCGCCGCUACCGCAUGUUGUUCAAGGCCCACAUCCAUCCCUACAACUCAGGCAUGACGGCCAACGAGGCCCUGGUAGCACCCUUCUUCGGACGCUGCCAGGCCUCCACUGCCGCGGUGGCCCCCAUUGACGUCGCGUCGGUGUUCCCAGGCGCAGUGACGGCAGACUAA